AUGGUCUACCACUCGGCAUCUUCCCUUGACACUACGCCAGGAAUGACGCCAUCGCCAACUACCGUCCCACUUUCUGAAGGAAACGAUGCCGCUACUCACUCUCACCACGGCUGCGGCGACGAACUCCCGGACUUCAACCUCGGCGGACCGCGACUGUCCGACCCUGAGACGGCCAAGUUUACAGACCAGACCCAGAUCCCAAGGCUAUUAGACAUGCUGGUUGAGGCGAUUGAAUCGACUCUCAGCGCGCGCAUGAAAAGCGUGGAUAAAGUGCCCUCCCGCUCCACGGUUCGAGAAGCCCACACACCAACCUCACCCGACGUGGGCGCCUAUGCCAUCAAGUACAUCCAGUCCUACUUUGAGCAAGUCCAUCCACUUUACCCUUUUCUUGACCGCAAGACCUUCGAGGACCGUGUCUUCAGCCCACAACUUACGCACGAGCUAGCCACCGAUAAGAGCUGGUCGGCUCUCUAUCAUGCUGUGCUUGCCAUCGGCUCGCAGUACCACGACGGUGGUAGCUUUGUGCCCGGCAAAGGCCAGGCUUGGAGGUAUUUCGAAGUCACCUUCUCGCUCUGCCCGGACCUGCUCAUCUUCAAGGCCAAUCUCACCACCGUGCAAGCGUUGACCGCAAUGGCAGUCUUUGCCCGCAACAUAUCCUGCAUCCAGCUCGAAUCCAUCACCGUCUCCCAAGCCGCCCGCAUGGCCCAAUCCCUCGGCUACAACCGCACCACCGGCUCGAGCGCCGCAUCGACCCAACGCACCUUCUGGGUUCUGUACUGCAUGGAGAAAACAACGUGCUUCUACACGGGCAAGACAUCACUGCUCAGCGACCACGACAUCGGAUUCGCCCCACCCAGCCACCCUGAACCCGCGUUCCAAAACUUCGACUGGCUCACAGCCUUCAGCCGACACGGCCGCCUCGUAUCGCGCAUCUACGGCAGCCUCUUCGCCAUCAACGCGAGCGGCAAGUCAGCAUCGACCUACUACCGCAUCAUCGGCGAGCUGCGCGCCGAGCUGGAAUCCUGGCGGCUCUCGAUGCCCGAGCCCUUCCGGCCGGGAGAGGACGGCGGCGGUGCGUUUCGGGUGCGGGCGUUUGGCGGCGGCGGAGCGGGGCCGCCGGCGACGACGGUGGCCGUGUUCGUGCGGUAUUUGUAUUUGAGCGUGGUGUUGGCGCUGGCGCGGGCGACGCUGCACGUGGCGCGGACGACGGAGGAGGAGUGCGCGAAGCAUCAGGCGGCGAAGCGGGAGCUGAUGGGGGCGGCGAGGCGGGUGUUGGAGCUGUGUCGGUAUGUGGAGGUGGAGGCGUUUAGUCAUGUGUGGGUCCUGGUCUUCAUGCCGCUGUCCGCCCUGUUCAUUCUCUUCGACUUCGUCGUGCACAACCCCGUCCACCCGGAGACGAACAACAACCUGGCCCUGCUGGACAUCGCGGGUGGCCACUUCAGCCACCUGGAGUGCGUCAGCCGUGGCACGCUGCCGGCUUCCUUGGUCGCCGAGUUCGCGCACAUCGCUCGCCAGUACGUGCAAGACUUUCGGUUGCAGCAGUAUCAGAAGAUAAAGGGCAUGGCGGUGCAACCCACGCCCAUGAGUGGAGCUGGGGCGACGGCAAAUCCGGCCAUGGCGGCGAGUGCCUCGAUCACAGCACGCGCGGCCCCGACGGCGAUUCCGACCCCGCCCGGGUCAGCGGGCGAGGUCCUGUGGAAGAUGACUGGUGCGAUGGUGGCUGCUGAGCAGCUCCCGGGAUCCAAGGGAAUUGAAGCGUCCCAGCAGAAUCAAAAUACGGGAGAUGGAUACCCAGUCCCGAAUGUUCCUGGUUUGGAGUAUACUGACCCCCUGGUGUUCUCGUUCGGAGACAAUAUGGUAUCCGAACCAAUGGAGUCCGGGCUCGGUGUCGACAUCAUGGAUCUGUUUGACAUUGAUCUUUCGGAUAUCUGGUCGUUGGCGGUAUAG